UCUCCAUUUCCCAUUCUACAUAUGUGCUUGCCUUCUUGGGAAAUAUGCUUCUCAUGUAGCAACAAGAAAAUAAAAAUCUCCUAUUUAUUAUACUUCUUUCUUCUGGGUUGAGGUUUGGUGUUUCUUUUUUGGUUUUUUCUUGGGUUUUGGUUGUUGGGUUAUUUUGAGGAAAGAAAAAGAGAAAGAGAGAGAGAGAGAGAGAGAGAGAGAGAGAAACAAGAUUAUCUUCAAUGGGGAGAGGUAGGGUUCAGUUGAAGAGGAUAGAGAACAAGAUCAACCGCCAGGUAACAUUUUCGAAAAGGAGAGCUGGGUUGUUGAAGAAGGCUCAUGAGAUCUCAGUCCUGUGUGAUGCUGAGGUCGCUUUGAUUGUCUUCUCUCACAAAGGGAAGCUCUUCGAAUACUCUACAGAUUCUUGCAUGGAGAAGAUUCUUGAACGCUAUGAGAGUUAUUCUUAUGCAGAGAGGCAACUCACAGCAACUGAUCUUAUUUCACAGGAGAAUUGGACCCUGGAAUAUAACAGACUCAAGGCAAAGGUUGAGCUUUUACAGAGAAACCACAGGCACUACAUGGGAGAAGAUAUAGACUCAUUGAGUCUGAAAGAACUGCAAAACUUGGAGCAACAACUUGACACUGCUCUUAAGCACAUUCGGAUAAGAAAAAACCAGCUGAUGUAUGAGUCCAUCUCUGAGCUUCAGAAAAAGGAGAAGGCAAUACAAGAGCAGAAUAGCAUGCUAGCAAAACAGAUUAAGGAGAAAGAGAAGGCAGUAGCACAGCAGGUACUCUGGGAGCAGCACAACCAUGGAACUAAUAUGUCACCCUUCCUUCUGCCACAGCCACCACUUCCAUGUCUAAACAUUGGUGGCAAUUACCAGGAAGAGGCACCAGAAGUGAGGAGGAACGAGCUCGACCUUACGCUGGAACCAAUAUACUCCUGUCACCUCGGAUGCUUUACCUCAUGAAACUGGUGGAAGAAAAAGAAACAUGCUCUAGUGCCACUGCCAUGCUGGCUAUAUACGAUGCUUUUGGUUUGUUAAUAUGGACGUGAAAACAUUGGUUAAGGUAACAACAAAUAUAAGAAAAAUUCAAGUGACUAAGCUUUGAUACUGCGUGCUUUUACAUCUAUUGAAAUCUUAUGUAACAAAUAUUCUAUUGUUAAAUUAAAUGAAAUUAAUUAUUAUCAAUAUUAAGACA